AUGGGAAAUUUUGUGAUUUUCGGCGGUUCGGCCGCUGUUUUAGUAUUUAUUCUGACAACUUUGUACACGGUUUUGGUGAUGAAAAAUGAAAUUGAGAGUUUCAAGGAUGAUUUUGAAAGUGAAUUGGUGCAAUUUAGAGUGAGUUCUAAUGGGAUACUUUAUCACGCGUGGAAUUUUUAAAGAAAUAUGGGAUACUGUAGCUGGAUUUAAAGGGACACAUUCUUUUUAAUUCAAGUUGUGUCACGUUGAUUUUCUCGUUGAAUUUCAAGUGAUUUGAAGCCGACGCCUAAAACCUCUUAUUUAUUACUAACUUCCUUCCUCUUUUUUCCAGGUUAUCACACAAGACACGUGGAAACGUCUUGUCAGCAAACAUUCAGAUCCCUCACUAAUGUCAUCCACUUCUACAACUCCAGCCACUCUUCAUUUCCGAACUCUUGUCAAACUUCGAGUUCGUGCCACCCGUCAAAUCAAUCAAUAUCCUGAGCAAUGUAAUUGUGGAGAACGUAGUCGAGAUUGUCCAGCUGGACCACCUGGAGAACCAGGAAGUCCUGGAGCACCAGGUGAACCUGGAAAUCCAGGAGAUGAUGGGCAACCAGGAGCACCGGGUGUAUUGGUCGCGAUUACUCAUGAUCUUCCUGGAGGAUGUAUUCGCUGCCCACCAGGUCGUCCAGGUCCACGUGGAUCACCCGGAGGACCUGGAAGUGCAGGACUACCAGGAGAUGCAGGAAGACCAGGACAACCAGGUCCGCCAGGAGGACUUGGUGGUCCCGGAGAACCUGGAGAUGCUGGAAGACCUGGACAAAACGGUCGACCAGGUCCACCAGGACAACGCGGACAACCAGGAACACAAUAUCGUCCAGGACAACCAGGUCGAAUUGGUCCACCAGGUCCUCGAGGGCCAACUGGACCACCAGGUCCACCAGGAGGAGAUGGACAACCAGGUCAACAAGGAGCUGUUGGACAUCCAGGAAUUCCAGGACAACCAGGAACACCGGGUAAAAGUGGACAUUGUGGAGAACACGCGCCACCUGGGGAACCUGGAAUUGAUGCUGGAUAUUGUCCAUGUCCAGCUAGAUAUCAAAAAGCCUGA